AUGGUGAUUACUGGUGAAUAUUGGUCUUUGUUUAGUGGAGAACUAAAACGAAGGGGUCCGAAGGUUCGCGGGAAUGGAAUAAGCAAAUCUUCGUCAAAAUUUUCGAAAGACAAUCUCUCAGUAUAUUUAUGUAAGGCCGGCAAAAUUCGCAAAGAUAUAACUGAUUUAAAAGAUAUUUUAAUAGCAAAACGAAAGGAUUACAUAACGGCACUGGGCCAUCAUCCAGAUUUCGUAUCAUUUUCAAAUGGAAUGAAUGAUUGGGACCGGGAUGUUAUGGAUUCGGAAACAGAUCAAAUAAUACAGCAGUGCACUCAAAUGAUUCAAUUGUUACGACGACAAAUUAAAUCUGAUGAAACACUUCGCGCUUCUGAUGAGCUUCUUCAUCUGCAACAGGCUACCUCAUUUUAA